GCCACGACCAUGUUCAUCCCCUUCUCACCCUCUCUGCUACUUUCUUUGAGCCUAAGCAGUGCUGUAGCAGCACGCUCAGCCGUUUUCAAGUCUCAGCUCGCGUCUGAAUAUGGGCCGUACGGCUCUUACGACAGUGGUCUCUUCUCGCCUGUAGAUUCUCUGAGUGCGCUGAGCACAGAUGAGUUCACGACGUUGACCCACCCUGCUUUCCCGAAACAUAGUGCCAGAAUCAAGAAGACAGAUGGUUUCUGUGAUGAUACGGUCUCUUCGUACACAGGUUACAUCGACAUCGAGGCGAGACAUAUCUUCUUCUACUUUUUUGAGAGUAGAAACGAUCCUGCGAAGGACGACGUCAUAUUCUGGACGAAUGGAGGUCCUGGUUGCUCAAGCUCCAUGGGACUGUAUAUGGAGCUCGGACCGUGUAGAGUCGUGAACUCUACGUCUACAGAGUACUUUGAGGAAUCCUGGACUUCGAACGCAAACGUCUUCUUCGUCGACCAACCCAUCGGCGUUGGCUUUUCAUACGCCGACUACGGAGAGUCUGUCAGUACGACGGAGGAGGCAGCGGUGGACAUCGCCGCAUUCGUCUCGCUUUUCUUCGAGAACUUUCCGUCUUUCAAAGGACGCGCUUUCCACAUGGCUGGCGAAUCAUAUGCUGGCCGUUACAUCCCGGUCUUCGCAUCGGCAGUCUAUGACCAGAACGCAGACCUCAUAGCUGCUGAAAUGACUCCCAUCAAUUUGACUUCAGUCAUAAUUGGAAACGGACUGACGGACCCAUACACCAUGACCCCAUCGUACUAUGACAUGACCUGCACACCUGCCUCUGUCGACCCUGUCCUUCCUAUCGGCACCUGUGUCCGUAUGAAAAAAGCCAUACCCCGUUGUGAAACGUGGCUUCAAUCCUCUUGCAUCACCCAGUUCGACGAGAUGAACUGCGAGGCGGCCAUGAGCUUUUGCACAACAGAGCUUAUGGACCCAUUCGAUAGCACGGGACUGAACUACUAUGAUAUCAGCCAGCCGUGCGAGGGUCCGAUAGAGGAAACUCUGUGUUAUCCUAUCACUGUCACAAUCGCGCAGUACCUCUCGCAACCCUCCGUCCGCUCCACCCUUGGUGUCUCGCCCUCGUCCGGUAACUGGUCCUCCUGCUCCAACCGCGUAGGCACCCUCUUCGCACUCUCAAACGACGAACUACACCCCUCCAAAGACUACGUCGCAGCCCUCCUCGAGCACGGUAUCCGUGCCCUCAUAUACGUAGGUAGCUACGACUGGAUCUGUAAUUGGGUCGGGAACGAGAGAUGGGUCAGAGCGUUGGAAUGGAGCGGAGCUGAUGAAUGGCGCAAAGAGGGGUUGGGGGAAUGGAAUAUUCCAGGAGGCGAGGCCGUGGCCGGGAAGGUGAGAAGUAGCGGGGGGUUAACGUUUGCGACGAUUGAAGGAGCAGGACAUAUGGUUCCUUUGGAUAAGCCCAAGGAGGCACUUCACCUCGUCAACAAGUGGAUGGCUGGGGAGGAGCUUUAGUAGCGUUCUUGUUAAUUCUUGUUUUCACGACUUCGAGACGAAUUUCGACAACCUAUGUGCCCACAUCCUCAUCACGGUUGAUCUUCGUUUGUCCCAAAGACGUGCCGAUCAUCGUACAACUACUGAGGUUCGAGAUUGGAAGCACAUACUAUAAAAUAGAGA